UGACAAACACCAUUAAAACUUAGAGGAAGAAGAUUAGUUUCACCGCGCUCUCUGUUGUUGUUGUUUUGUUUUGUUUUCGUGAUGCUGGUUUAAAACAAACUCUUAGAAAAGUCGUUUCUGUAAAUAAAGAAAUACAGUUUUUGAAUCAGGUCAAUAAAUACCUGUAAUAUUCUUAUCCUCAAAGUAGUGACUAGGUUUUAAAGCAAGCAGGAAUAUCUGGAGGAAUAUCAUCUGAACUUAGAUCUGCUGCUGUGAAGAUGGAGUUUGUUAAAGAGGAGAGUGAAGAGAACACGAGAGAACCAGAAACCUGGAGAAUAAAACAAGAGGAGCCAGAAACCUGGGGAAUAAAACACGAGCCAGAAACCUGGGGAAUAAAACACGAGGAGCCAGAAACCUGGGGAAUAAAACACGAGGAGCCAGAAACCCGGGGAAUAAAACACGAGGAGACAGAAACUGGGAGAAAAACCAGAAACCGAGAGAAUAAAACACGAGGAGCCAGAAACCAGAAUAAGACACGAUCCAGAAACUUGCAGAAUAAAACACGAGGAGCCGGGAGAAUAAAACACGAGGAACAAGGAGGCUUGAUGAAAAUGAAAGAAGAAAGGCAAGAUCUGAAUGAGGUGCAGGGGAAAUAUCAGGAUCAGAAAGAUCAUGAUGUCAAUGGAGAAAAAUCAGUGAGUUGCAGCUUUGAAAAAAGAGAAGUCAAAAGGCCUUUCAGCUGCUCUCAGUGUGGAAACACUUUCACAUGUAACAAAACUCUGAAGAAUCACAUGUUAAUUCAUACUGGAAUAAAGCCUUUCAGCUGCUCUCAGUGUGGAAAGAGUUUCACAUAUAACCGUAAUCGUAUUAGGCACAUGUUAAUUCAUACGGGAAGUAAGCCUUUCAGCUGCUCUCAGUGUGGAAAGAGUUUUAUACGGAAAGCACACCUUAAGAGUCAUUUGUUAACUCACACUUCAGAAAAGCCUUUCAGCUGCUCUCAGUGUGGAAACACUUUUACACGCAAAAAAAGCCUUGAGAAUCACAUGUUAAUUCAUACUGGAAAAAAGCCUUUCUUCUGCUCUCAGUGUGGAAAGGGUUUUAUAUAUAAAGUAAGCCUUAGGAACCACAUGAUAAUUCAUACUGGAAAAAAGCCUUUCAGCUGCUCUAAGUGUGUAAAGAGUUUUAUACGGGAAGCACACCUUAAGAGUCAUUUGUUAACUCACACUUCAGAAAAGCCUUUCAGUUGCUCUCAGUGUGGAAACACUUUUGCACGCAAAGAAAGCCUUGAGAAUCACAUGUUAAAUCAUUCUGCAAUAAAGCCUUUCAGCUGUUCUGAGUGUGGAAAGAGUUUCAUGCGUAACGGUAAUCUUAAGAGGCACAAUUUAAUUCAUACUGGAAAAAAAGCCUUUCACCUGCGCUCAUACUGAAAUACUUUUACACAGAAAGGACAAUUUAAUACUCAUUUUGUAACUCACAGUUUAUAAAAUCCUUUCUGCUUCUCUCAGUGUGGAAAGUGUUUUACAUAUAAAUCAAACAUUAAGAGAGGCACAUGUUAAUUCAUACUGGGUAAAAGUCUUUCACUCGCUCUCAGUUUGGAAAAACUUUUACACAGAAAGGACACUGCAAGGUUCAUUUGUUAACUCACUCUUCAUAAAAACCUUAGUAAAUGUAAAUAUCAUCAACUGGAUCACCUCAAGGAUGUGUCCUCUCCCCCUUAUUAUUUAUCUUGUACACAAAGACUGUAAGAAGAGUUAUAUAAAUAGGCAUAUUAUAAAAUUUUCAGAUAAUUCCAUAAUCGUUAUCUCAUUGAGUGAUCAGGACUCCAUGUUUGGCCUUGUGGUUUAUGAUUUUUUUUGUGGUGUCGGAAUGCUUUCUUGAAACAUACUGUGAAGGCACAAUAUGUAAUGUGUAUUAAAAAUAAGCCGUCUAAAUGAAACAAGGCCAACGAACAAGCGUGACACACAUAGAGCUUGAAAGCUUUUAUUAUGCCACAGUUGAUCACUUCUACUGCUUCCAGUCGUGCGUACGACAGGUAAAGCAGUACUGUUUUAUCAUACUAGAUACGUUUUGAAGUCCCUUUAUAAUGCUACACGGUGUGGUCAUCACCGGUCUAUUUAAACGCAUAACAUAUUAAAGCGUCUUUGGUGUUUCCAUGUUUUCUACAAAACAAAACCGGAAAUUGAGGGGUUAGGAAGUAAUUGGCAGCUGACACAAUGACACUAUGGCCACUGUCCGUGUAACUAGUUUUGAACAUUCUUCGAAACAUUUGGGGUAAUGUAAGUACACAAGUCAGCAAAAUAUAUAACACUUCUAGUGGUUUUGGGAUAUUGUAAUAAAGUAAUCUUACAUAUUGUGCAUUUAGUGUUUCUAAAACUAAGGAGAUGACUAUUGAUUUUAACUCAUGGCGGAAAUCUAUUUAGUAUAAGCAAACAAGGAUUAAAUUAGUAUUGAGAGUGUUUAACAGUACAAGUAUUUGGGCAAUGUGUUGGAUAAAACAUUUUUAUUUUCUCCAAAUACUGAGGUUUUGUGUAAGAGGGGGCAGCAAAGAUUGUACUGCUUGCGGAAACUAAGGUUAUUUAAUGUCAACAAAACAUUGAUGUGCAUGUUCUACAGAUCCUAUAUUGAGUUACUGUUAUCUUUUUCACUGUUGUGCUGGUUUAAUUCUCUAAAAGUGAAAAACAUGAAUUGUCUUGAUGAUUGUAAACCAGGGAAAGUAAAAUAACUUUUAUUUAUCCCCUCAGUUGUAAAGUUUUUAAAUUUAAGAUAAGAACUUCUUACCUUAAGGAAAUGUAUUGUGUUUUUGUUGUUUAUAUGAAAUGUUUGAUUGCUGCAACCAACUUACCUUUGGGAAAUAAAUAAAAUGAUCUGAACUGAA